AUGUUGAACUCCAUCAAGAUACACUUCCAGGACAUCGUCACAAGUGGUGUGAUCCAGCACUCCCAAUCCCUCUCAUUCUACGACAUAAACCCCUCUACAGACAUCUUCUGUGCAUUCCAACUAGACGGUUUCCCCCAGUUCUACAAGCUCCAGUUCCCUUAUCUCGGCACUUCAACUUCCCGUAAAACCUUCAUGACAAGCGAUGAGAAGGAUAGGAAACUACCCAUACACGUGAGAUCAUGUCAGUAUGAAGCUCACGAGGCUGCGAGAAGUCUUCAUCCCCUUAUGUUUGAUUACAGCAAUGAGACACAUCCUCAACGCUUGAGCAAUGAGCAUACGCAUUGGCAAGCAGUAUCGCAAGUGGGAGCGGGUCUGUUCUCUAACACCACAACAGUGAGGAUAGUAUCUAGAUACCAUCUAGAGAACCACUCUUCACAACGGCUCCUUUACGCUCAGUGGUACCAAGUCAACAACCACACUCUCAUGGCUGAAUCCUCAGACUGGACUCCAGACAAAGAGCCAGUUACUGAGGCUGCUCCAAACUCUAUCAUGCCCUUCUCCUGGCCUCGUAACGAUCUAGAUCAGCUACUAUCAAUAUGUAUUCCUGACGUGGUAGACUGUGAGUGGUCGGGUGGAUUCUGUAUAAACAACCCACAAAGCAGUGUUGUAUCUAUGAGAGGGACCGGAGGGAGGAAGAUAUUCCUCCAGUGCACUGUGGUGUUGCAGCGGAGCUCUUAUCAUGUCGUAUUCUCCGACUUCAAUGAUCUCCCUACCCCUUACCGAAUAGAAAACCACAGUCUGGUAAGCGUGGAGUACAGACAAUCAGAGAGUCGGUCAGACAUGUCCACAUUACAACCUGGUAGCUGGUGCCCUUAUCACUGGGAUGAGCCCGUCUUGAAACCCCACGAACUAGAUCUAAAGGUGACGGGAGGUGAGCCUAUGAAGGUGAUGAUAACACCCACCCCCUACACCCACCUCUCUGCACUAGUCUACGAGAACGCAGUUUACCUGACACUCUCCGACACCUGGAAGGGAGGUGCCCCAGCUAUGAGGGACAUCCCCCUCAACCAGCUCUCCAGUUCCGGAUUUAGAGCUAUCAGGGUGGACGAGAAACUAGCCAGCUCCAGCAGCAGACUCGUGCUGGACGUUCCACAGGGGGUUCAGGUGCUUGUUAAGCAGUACAACCCGCACUCACUUAGUCAGCUGUGGCAGGUUAAGGAGUCAGGUCAGCUCAUGCACUUCAAGACCAAGUUAUUCCUGGACAUACCAGGCAGAGCUCCCAACCCUGGCACAUACGCCAGCCUGAUCGUGAAGCCUCCUGACGAGAACAGGCACCAAACACAGUGCUGGAGGUUCCGGGAUAACAGCUAUCUAACCUGCAAGCUGUCAGGGCUAGCUGUUUCACCUCGCAACGGUCUACUACAUGACGGAUCUGAUGCUGUACUAGACAUGGUCAGCAAGAACCCUCCUCACAUCUACUUCCACAAGCGCCGACCAGGUUGUGGAGCCGUGCUGAUGACCACCUCUCUAGACGGUCCCACGGUGGUUAUCAAGCUACUGGACGCUGUGGCAGGAGAACAAACUGUCUACACGGACUCCACCUCUAAAAAGGAGGAUGUUACCAAACCCUUUCAGCUGCAAGUAAAGUUACUGGGAGGUGUAGGCCUCUCUAUUAUCAACCACCUCCCUGAGGAGAUAUUGUAUCUCAGCAUGACUGGGCUGUCUUUAGACGCCGAGCUGGCGGGUAACAAGACUACUGUUGUUUUUGAUCUGCUAGGAUUCCAGGCUGAUAAUCAGUGUAGGGAGGCACUGGUUCCUGUUGUUAUCUACCCGGUAAUGAGGGAUGGAGAACAUACAGUACACUUCAGGAUGAUCAGGGAGGUUAGGAGCGAUGGCAGGUUAGUCGUGUACCCUGAGGUCCAGGCUCUGUUCGCAAACUUCAGCUCCCAGCUCGACGAGGUCUUACUUCUGAAACUCAUACAGUUUUUUGAGAUGGCUGGGGAUGUAAAUAAAGACGACCCAAAGUACGAUCCAGAAGCGGAGUACAAGUUGAGUACGAGGAAGUUGGAGUACAAUCCCGUGUUAGUUGAGAGUAUGUUAAUUCACCAGACCCAGGUUAAUGUCAGUCUGAUCGUGGCUCCAGUUCUAGAGGACGACCUCAAGGACAUCCACACAAGAUUAGGAAUGAGAUCUUAUCUGAACUUCUCCGACGUUACUUUUAAGCUGAACAAGUACCAUACCAGUAAUGUGAUAGCAGCUACUAGUACUAUAAGGGACAACAUCAUACGACACUACAGGGACUGCGCAGUUGGACAUAAACUCAAAAUAGUCCUCAACUCAGAAAUGACAGGUAACAUGGGAGGGCUGUUUAACGAUCUACUGAGUGGACUCUCAGUGGGGCUGGAUGGUGGCAUGUCAGAUACCGCCAGUAAACUCAGUUCAACUGCUAGUACUGUCUUAACGUAUGUUAGUGGAGAUGAUGCUUUCAGAGCUGACAGAGACAGACUUAGAGCUUCCAGAUACCAGAGUUCAAGUGCAAGUCUGAGAGCAGGAUGGCAGGGGUUAAGAAGUGGACUUAUCGGAGGGCUUACCAGCAUUCCCAGUUCUAUAGUGACAGGGAUUAACCAAGACGGAGUGACGGGGGCAGUGACCGGACUAGCUAAAGGUCUCAUUGGAACUGUUGCUAAACCAGCUGCUGGUUUACUCGACUUUGCCUCAGGGACUACACUGGCCAUUACGCAGAGUACUCGAUCUAGUCACAGUAUCGGAAGAAACAUAACGAUAUUCUUCUUCUUCUCAGGUGAGAUAAAAAGAAUACGGCUGCCUCGAUGUUGCAGUGGAGAGAUCCUGGCAACAUUCUCCAUAGACACAGCACAAGGCAUGGCUACUCUGUGGAAACUGAACCGCAAGUCACGUGAGGAACAGUUCAUUUCCCGGUGUGUGGUGAACACCCGCCUCAAGAUCCUGGUGUCCAGUGAGCGAGUCAGACUUAUCGAGAGAGAAUCUGGAAACAAGGUUGUGAAGGAGAUCAUGUUAGACUCGAUAGGACAGUGCGUGUAUGCUCCCCGGAAUAACGGUGGAACUACAGAACAUAACCUAGCUAUACAGAUCUACGAUACUCUGCCUCCACCAGGUGUUUUUAAUAUGGCUCCUGACUCUUGUCCUAAACUCAACUGUAACUCUCAGAAAACCAGCCUCAAGAUCAGUCAGGACAUUCAGUAUGCUAUUGAUCUGAAGAGAGAGGCUGCUUUUUUAGUUAGUGGUGGUAAAACUUUCAGUAAUAGUGGAAGGGACACAAGAUAG